UCUGUCCUAAGAUUCUGUCGCAUCAUCAAUGGCCGUGAUCAGUCCAGCUACACGUCUCGCUCCGCCGCUAAACCGUCCUUUCAACCACCGAUCUUCACUCUCUUCCGCCUCCAAGAAACUCCUCUUCCUCAGAAACCCCACGCUGACUUCCCCCAUCGUCUCCGUCCGGUGCCAGAAACCUUUCUCCACGAAUCAUCAUCAGGCCUCUUCUGUUUCAUCUUCCAUCGAUUUCCUAACCUUGUGCCAUCGGCUCAAGACAACGAAGAGAAAAGGAUGGAUCAAUCAGGGGAUUAAUGGAGCUGAAUCAAUUGCUGAUCAUAUGUACCGUAUGUCUCUUAUGGCUCUCAUUGCUGCUGAUCUUAACGGUGUUGACAGAGAAAGGUGUAUCAAAAUGGCUAUUGUGCAUGACAUCGCUGAAGCUAUUGUUGGAGAUAUUACCCCAUCUGAUGGUGUGCCCAAGGAAGAAAAGAGUAGGAGGGAGAAAGCAGCUUUGAAGGAAAUGUGCAAAGUUCUGGGUGGAGGCCUGAGAGCUGAGGAGAUCACCGAACUUUGGCUGGAGUAUGAGAACAAUGCUUCUUUGGAGGCAAAUCUUGUAAAAGACUUUGAUAAGGUUGAGAUGAUUCUCCAGGCACUAGAAUAUGAAUCAGAACAUGGGAAAGUGCUCGACGAGUUUUUCAUAUCAACAGAAGGCAAGUUUCAAACCGAAAUCGGAAAGAGCUGGGCUGCUGAGAUCAACGCCAGGAGAAGAACCCAAUUGACAAACAGACAGAGAUAGCAAUCCAGUUAACAUUAUAGAUUCCAUCUCCCGCAACUAUCAACACUAGGAAUCUUCAGAGCAAACUUCAAAACUAAAGCAGGUUGCCUCUUGAACCAAUAGGUGCAAGCUUUCUGGUGAAUUUUUCAAUUUUGUUGUGCAACGAACACAAAAUUUUGACUUCCCUUUCAGUUGCUAGUUAAGUAACUUUUUAAGACCUGGUAAAAUAUGAAUCUAAAAAGUCAGAUAUACUUGUUGCUGAGAGAAGUGGAUCAGAGUUUAUUUUA